UCUGUAUAUGUUUAUAUGUUAAACCUUAUAACACCCUUCUGUUUGCCAUAUAAGGAAAUAAAGAGAUGUCAGGGACCUCUCCCUAGCCUGCCCCCUCAUCCUCAUUCCAAACCUACUUUCUCAUCCUUAGAGUGCUUCCCCUCAUCCUUCAGUCCUCUCAUCCUGCGCUCUCAAACUCUGUCAUCUCAUCCUGCGCUCUCAUACUCUCAGUUCUCUCAUCCUGCACUCUCAUACUCUCAGUCCUCUGGUCCUGCGCUCUCAUACUCUCAGACCUCUCAUCCUGCGCUCUCAUGUCUCAGUUCUCUCAUCCUGCGCUCUCAAACUCUGUCAUCUCAUCCUGCGCUCUCAUACUCUCAGUCCUCUCAUCCUGCGCUCUCAUACUCUCAGUCCUCUCGUCCUGUGCUCUCAUACUCUCAGUUCUCUCAUCCUGCACUCUCAUACUCUCAGUUCUCUCAUCCUGCACUCUCAUACUCUCAGUCCUCUCAUCCUGCGCUCUCAUACUCUCAGUCCUCUAGUGCUGUGCUCUCAUACUCUCAGUCCUCUGGUCCUGCGCUCUCAUACUCUCAGUUCUCUCAUCCUGCGCUCUCAUACUCUCAUCCUGCGCUCUCAUACUCUCAUCCUGCGCUCUCAUACUCCCAUCCUUUUGCCACCAAUUGCGAUCUUUGCGUUAGUUGCUAA